AUGUUACUCGGUUGGCUGCUCAUCGCAUGCGCCCAUGGUGUUUGGGCUGGUAUCUUGAAAGACGAGCGGUGUGUGACAGCCGUAUACUCGGCAUACAACUACAUAUCCUUUGCCGGCCUUCCCCCCAAACCCAUGUGGCAUUCUCGAUGUCGGAACAUACUAAAAGUUACAUCCAUAUAUGCAGCAUCGGAGAUAUAUUGCAAUGAACGUGAGCGUACAAUAGGCAUCGCCCAGCUGGCCGAUGAUUGCCAAGAAUUCGGCCAUGAGGCGCUUUUGUCCCGAGACACACUGGCGGAAAAUUUGACGGAGGAAGCCAUUCGCAACAUGAGGGUGAUUGAAUAUCAAGAGCUGGCCCGAGCUGAUCCGAUAGAUUUCCCGGUUCUGCUCUCACCAUCCUACUACAAUCUGAUGUUUAACACAAUUGUGAGACCCUUGGACCCCUGGGAAGCGAUCUGA